ACCACCAAUCGAUGCCGCCUCGUUCCACUCCACCACUACGCCGCCCAUUGUCGCCGUCGCCGUUCCCUCCCAACGAUUCUGCGACUUAUAGAGACUUGCUGCUCUUUGAAGAACGUCUCAAAUCGAAUGCAGCCUCGUUGCAAGCUCGAAAAUCGCGGUACCAGUUAUUCCUGCUGCAGUUGCUGCUCUCUACACUCUUCCUGCUCAUUGAAAUUGUUCUUCCUCCAGAAUCAUCUCUUCUGCUAAAUCCUUACAGAGCAAUCCAUGCGUCUCUGUUCAGUUCACGGCCAGACUUCCGGCCACCGGCUGAAGUUCCGUUUUAUCCCUACCUUCCCACCACUCUGCUCCUUAUCUCUAUGACUACGCUCGUGCUUUUCUUUGCUUCGGGAAUGUAUUCGGAGAAGAUUGCCUACGCCAAUAAGUAUGUUCCACAUGCCAAUCGAGCAUUACGCUCCUUCAACAUGUAUCUCAAUGUACGGAAACCUGGAUGGAACUUGUUUUUCUGGCGGAAACCACGUGCACAUUCCCCGCCGCCACGAUCUUCCAGCCGUGGAUCCAGCGUGCAAAUUGCACCUAUUCCUCCUUCCUCCAACCCUCGUGGCGAGCUCAUAUUUUCCUCGCGUAUAUCUCAAUCAUUCCAAGAUUCGUACGGCCGCCAUCGUGCAACUUUUGAGCGCAAGAGGGCGGAGCGAGCUCGGCAGGAGUGUUCUAACACUUGGCUUGGAAAGGUUACGAAUACUUUAAAGUUUUGGGAUCGUAGCCCACCUGUAUUGGACGCUACACCCACACAUAUGAGAUCGGGCAGCACGAGGAGAAGGGGUAGUAGGAGUGGGACACCUCCAAAUGGUCGACAGAUGGAGCGAGAACGGGAGAGGUCAGGUUCUCCGCCACUCAUGAUGAAGGAAAGGGAUCGGAGUCCAAGGCCGUCAUUGCUUGGUGCCGGAAGUAGUGUGUCUAGCGAUUCCGAGCAGCUGCCUCCCGUUUAAUUGCCAUCCUCUGAAAGAAUGGAUAGAAUGCUAACGUUUGUAUGAGCUUGUCUGAUCGUCGGAGCUGCUAUCCGACUGUUGUC